UUUGAGAUAGUCAGAUAGCUCUCCUGAAUACGAUAGACAUAAGACAUCUUAACAGAGCUAAUAAUCUUCGCCAUUAAUUGUUUGGAAGUAGCUUAAUAAUUAUGGAGGUCAAUAGAAGUAUAUCAUUAAAGUUACAGCCACCAACUUAUGGAAGAUUAAUCACCAUUCUUAGUAUCGAUGGUGGAGGAAUUAGAGGGAUCAUCCCUGGCACCAUAUUGGCCUUCCUCGAAUCACAACUUCAGGAGUUGGAUGGUCCGGAUGCAAGACUGGCAGAUUAUUUUGAUGUAAUAUCAGGGACAAGCACCGGUGGACUUGUGACAGCCAUGCUAACAGCACCAAAUGAACAAAAUCGUCCUCUUUAUGCUGCGAAAGAUAUUACCCAGUUCUACCUUGAUCAUUCCCCUAAAAUUUUCCCACAGAAGAGUGGCAUAUUUGCUCCAUUGAUAAAUAUAUUUCAAUUGGCGACCGGUCCAAAAUAUAACGGGAAGUAUCUUCACAAACUUAUCAAGGAGAAACUUGGAGAGACUCGCUUGCACCAGACUUUAACUUGCGUUGCUAUUCCAACUUUCGAUAUCAAGCGCCUCCAACCCACCAUCUUCUCCUCUUUUGAGGUAGGGACCUCGUCACCUGUGGAUGCUCGGCUCUCAGAUGUUUGCAUAUCUACCUCUGCUGCGCCAACUUUUCUUCCUGCUUAUUAUUUCAAAAACACGGAUGCGAACGGAAAUGAACAGGAAUUCAAUCUUAUCGACGGUGGUGUAGCUGUGAAUAAUCCGGCUCUAGUUGCCAUAACUGAAGUGACCAAGGAAAUAUUCAAGGGAAACUCGGAUUUCUUCCCAAUUAAGCCUGUUGAUUACGGACGGUUUCUCGUUAUAUCAGUAGGGACUGGCACAAAAAAGGAAGAAGAGAAGUAUACUUCUCAAAAGGCAGCCAAGUGGAAUAUUUUGAGUUGGUUAAUCAAGGGCUCAUCAACUCCAUUGAUUGACGUGUUUUCUCAAGCAAGUGCAGAUAUGGUUGAUUACCACAUCUCUGUCGUUUUUCAAGCUCUUCAUUCCGAGGAUAACUACUUGCGCAUUCAGGAUGACACACUAACUGGAAGCUUAGCUUCAAUCGAUGCGGCCACCAAGGAAAAUAUGAAUAAUCUUGUGAAAACUGGUGAUGCGCUGCUGAAGAAGCCAGUUUCUAGGAUGAACUUACAAACAGGUCAAGCCGAACCAGUUGAAAAUGGUGGAACUAAUGAGGAAGCCUUGAAAAAAUUUGCCAAACUACUCUCUGACGAAAGGCACCUUCGAGAAAAAAAUUCACCUCAUCCAACAUCGGUGUGAUUAUUUUUCAUAUUGAAUACAAAAAUUGUUUGAUGGAUUUGUGUGUAAAUAAGGUCACUUGAACCCAUUGGUUUAUUUCAUUCAUGUGUGGUUAUGUCCUUCGGCAAUUCAUUAUUGUGUCGUAUCAUGUAUGUGUAAUGAACUUAUAUUUCGAACAUUGAUUAUAUGCAUCAAUUUUUUUUUA